AUGGACUCCUGUACUACAUUAAUGAUGAAAACCAUAAAAAGGGGUAACGUUUAGGUUACUAUUUGAGAGGUGCCAGUUAUUCAAAAUUUAAAAACUUAGAAAUUUAGAAAACUGGCAACUGUCGUCCGGUAUUCCUGUACCCGAUCUUUAACUCAGACGUUUCUUGGUUUCACCGAUCUACUAUGUUUCAGCGAUUGCAUUGUUUUAACGCGAUUCUUAGUGUUGCAAGAAUAGUUUGUUCAUAGUAGCUUGCUAUAAGCGCGCGUGAUUAUUCCAACUCGAUCACAGGCCCGGGAUCUAGGAUCCUUAGACGUGGGAUCGGGAUCAGUAGUGCUGUGAGGUGAUCAGGGACAGUUUUCCGACAAAAAAAUGCUUUAAUGGCAAGGACCUGCCCUCGUUUGCAAACUCAGUUGUAUUAUUGGUGUAACAAUUUGUUCCGGUACUUAAGUGUACACAAUACGACUUUAUUUUGAUAGUGGCGUUGACUCAUUUUGUUUUGACUCAUUUUUUUGUAACUAUACCUUACAUUCAAUGAAAUACCGAAUUGGCCUGGGUUUUUUGACUGCCAAAUAAGGACUUAAUAAGAAAAUUCAUACAAUGGACAUUACCUUUUGCCAAUGAUUUCUCUCUGCGCCCCGAACAAUGAUUUUAUACAUGCCCUUUCGACAAUGAAAGACGAGGUUUUUCAGUGGACAAACCCCUGUUAUCACAGCAAUUCUUAUUGCUCUUGGUACAUACUGUAACUUGUAUUUUUCUGCUGACCAUGCUCAAGAGACAAUACAUGGUCUCUUGCAAGCCUUUAGCAGCUCCCGAUCCCAAGCCUCUGAUCAACGCAAAUAUCAAGUGGCAAGUGUCGGGAGAAGACGGCAAAUAAUGAAGCCUGUUCUUAUUAUGUUAGGGAGAAAGUGUGCGAAACAUCUUAACCAGACUUACAAAGGCUACAAGGCGAAGGAGUAGUCUAUCCUGGCUCUGUAAAAUAAUGUACUUUCUAACUUAGCUCGUUGUUCGGCAGGCCAGUGGCCUUUAUCAUUGCCCAAAGAGAACUCAGUCUGAUCUCGUUUUGCCACUUAAAACUUAAUCAAAAUUCUCAAAAAGUCGUGCCUUUUGCAGGUACCUUUUUUGAAUAGCUCUCCCAGCUUACUCCAACCUCAGUGAGCUGGUAAACUGCUUACAAUUAUGUCAUGGGGUAACUCAACCGAAUAUAAUCGAAAUCUACAUCAGUAAGAGGAUUAAGUGAGUUGGUGAGGUAUACAACUAGAGGUCAUGUGGCUGAAAAGAGUUCACUUGGUCAACUGGUGCUACCAAGGCGACGACUGAGAAAAAGCUAGCUAGUGCAAACCCCAUUUAUUCUGAAUCAAUCAGCCAAUCUUACUGACAUUUCUUUUUGUGUGAAUAAAACUUUGCUAAAUGGGAUUGAUCUCUUUUUAAAACGGCAAAAAACAAAAAGUGUUUGGUUUGUUACGGAAACGUGACGGAUAUAAGAAACUUCCCGUUUCCGUCGAGUUUACAAAAUACGGAAACACGUCAUUUCGUCUUGUGAAACGCUCUAUAAUGUGAGCCGUCUAAAGUGUAACUAUUAUGAUAGAAUUAAUGAUAACUAAUGGAACUGGAGUAAGUAUCCGGAGCAAAUGUGUGGACUAGAAAGUAUCACCCGUUUACGUUUAUUUACAAGGAAAAAGUAUGCCAAGUCACAGUUCAGAUAAAAUAACUAAAGAUUAAAGAGUGUGAUAAGUAGACUGUAACAUAGUUGAGGUUAAAUGCCCUAUUUGUAACGGUAAAAAUGCCCGUUUAACUUAUUUGGAGUGCCGCUGCUCUCUCACUUUCCCGCCGAAACGUCUAAAGAAAGGUUAGUUAGGACCAUUAAUAAAAAUUUAUGGUAAGAAAUGAGAUUUGUGUUUAUAAUUUUAGGAACUGCUGGUGACUCUCUUACAUGGCAUCAUAAUAUGUCAUUCUCAGAAGGACACGUGUUUUCAAAUCAUUCUGUGGAACUAAACCUAGACUGCCAAGACCAAUGCGCCCUUGCGAGGGAAUGUGUUUCAUAUAAUAUUGGUCCAAAGAUCAACAACAAGAUGGCCUGUGAACUCAGCAAUUCCGAUCACUUUCAGCACCCAGAAGAUCUCAAACCAAGAAAGGACUGGAUUUACAGAGGGACAAAGGUAUGAUCUGUAAAUUUGUAUAAAUGUAUAUAACUUUAUUUCUUGUAAUAAUUGCAACUCUAUUAAAGCGUGUCACGAGUCAAUAGAAAGAUUGUUGUUGUUGUUGUUGUUGUUGCAAAUAAUGUUGUCAAGUCAAGAUGAAUUUUUGAACCAUUUCCACCAUCACGUAGUGGUUGAUUUAUGAUAAUUCCAAGCUUUACUGAUGAUAAAGAUGAUAAAAAUGUCGGUGUUGGCGGUAUAUGCAGUUUCGUAUAAUUUAUUUAAAAUUCUAAAUCUCCCUUGCGGAUUAGCUGCAAUCCGCCCUUUGAAUUUUCAUAAUUACACUUUAAUUUAAAAACUUGGAUGAUUUAUAUCCAUUUUUCCGCGAUGCAUAAUUAUGUGUUUGUAUUAUUGGACGCUCGACGACGGUCGCCUAACUUACAAAAAAAAAAAGAAUAACAUACUGUCGCACAUUAAAAAGAGAACAGUUUUGGGAGUAAAGAAAAGAGUUCAAAACUUAAGGCACUAAAAAAAGGUACAGUUGAACUUCCAUUAAGUGCCCAUUAUUAUUAUUAUUAUUAUUAUUGACUUUCGGUUUUUGUUUUCGAGCCUUUUUGGACUGCCGGUCGCGCGGGAUAUUUUUUCGUUCCAAAAGCAGUGUUUUUUUCCUUUCGUUUACGUUUGAAUUAAAAUUAUUGCAAAAUUCCAGCGAAAGAAUAACGGAAAGGUUUAAAUAGGAACAGGAUUAAUCGUAGUUCAUCAUAACCAAGGAGAAGCUGAUUUAAAUAACAAUUCAUUGAAGCUGCGUUUCUUUUAACAGAAUCUUUGCGCCAGUCAGCCCUGUCUGAACAACGGAACGUGCUACAUGGGAUAUACCGAGAAGAACUACGUUUGCGCUUGCACAGCUCGCUUCAAAGGUGAAAACUGCGAAAUAAAAGGUACUCUCAUCCCAUAGUUGUCACCUCUAUUAAGCGGCCAUCAGGCACUUGACCGACUAUUUUUUGUAAGUUUGGCUUUAUUUCAAGAAUAUGAAGAAGGAAAACCGUCCGAGAUAGAAGUUGACGACCGAUUGUGGACCAGUAAUGCUGGCCCCGUCGCGUUUUUUUUCUUUUUUUUUUAAUAAGGUAACAUUUCUGCAAAAGAUUAUGCUAAUUUAUGACGAGGUUAUAUGACUAACUUCUAAGUCACACGUCUUUCAUAUUGCAUUAAAGUGAUAAGGA